GCGCCAACAAAGCUGCUGAGUCGUCUCUCUCUAAAGAGUUUGCAGCAUCAGUGUCAACAUUGAGUGAAAGUAAGCAUCGCAAAGCUAUGGACGAAGAGUUCUCAAUGGAGGAUCCUACUCCUUUACUCGAAUCCGCCUCUGAUUUUGCUUAUUAUCCAGGUGUUCAAAACGACACCGCAGCUAAGGAAUUCCUCGGUCGUUUUCCCCUUCCGCUCAUUAUCAGUGCCUUACAAACGAGAGCAGAUGUGCCUGGUUUGGAGAAUACUUUGGUUGCCUGUCUAGAAAGAAUCUUUAAGACAAAAUAUGGUGCAUCACUUAUCCCACAAUAUAUGUCUUUUGUGCAACUUGGUUUGAGGGCAGAGUCUCAACUAGUAAGAUGUUUAGCAUGCAAAACGGUUGCUUGUCUUCUGGAGAAUAUCAAUGAUAAAACCGUCUCACCUGUAGAGCUAAUCAUUGACCAUGACAUAUAUCCUCUUCUGCUCGAUUGUCUCGUGAAUGGUAAUGAACAAGUAGCAAGUGCAUCAACGGAGGCAAUUAAGAAAUUAGCUGGCUUUGCAGAAGGCGUGGAGGUCAUCUUCCCAGCAAAUACUGGCGAUAUUACACAUCUUAGAAAUUUAUCUGCUCGAUGUUCAUCAUUGGGACGAGUUCGUAUUUUGGCUAUGGUGGUGAAGCUAUUCUCUGUUUCUGACUAUGUGGCAUCAGCAGUUUACAAUUCAAAUCUACUCGGUUUGUUGGAGGCAGAAGUCAGCAAUUCAAAUGAUACUCUAGCAACUUUAAAUAUUUUGGAGCUCUUUUACGAGUUAGCACAAGUCCAGCAUGGUACAGAGUUCUUGUCAAGGACCACUCUUAUCCAACUGCUUUCUUCUUUAAUCAGCAACACAUCAAUGGAUGCAAUAUUAAGAUCAAGAGCAAUGAUGAUAACUGGAAGACUCCUAUCGAAGGAAAAUAUGUACUCAUUCAUUGAUGAGUCUUGCGUUCGAACUGUUAUAUCAGCCAUUGACAGAAGACUUUCAUUAGAGAGUGAAGAUCCGAAUGAAUGUGAAUGUGCACUGGAAGCAUUGGGGCAAAUUGGAUCAUCAAUCCCUGGAGCAAUGUUGCUACUCUCAAUGUCACCUCCUGCUGCAAGACAUGUUAUUGAUGCUGCCUUUGAUAGACAAGCACGCGGUAAUCAGUUGGCUGCAUUGCAUUCUCUUGGAAACAUAUCAGGAGAAACUCGGACAGAGAGCAAUAUACUUCUGAAUGCUGAUGCUGAAGAAAAUCUUCGACGCCUGAUUUAUGAAACGGCAUCCAAGACUUCAAAGUUGACACCAUCAGGUCUUUUCCUAUCAGUUCUUCAACAGGAUUCAGAAGUUCGUUUGGCGGCUUAUAGAAUGAUAACUGGUCUGGUGGCUCGGCCUUGGUGCCUCAUGGAGAUAUGCUCAAAACAAGAGAUUGUAAAUAUAGUUACUGAUCCAAAUACUGAAACCACAAAAAUAGGUAUGGAAGCUAGAUAUAAUUGUUGCAAGGCAAUCCAAAAGGCUUUCGUGUCCUCAAGUAGACUUAGCACUAAUCCUGCUCUUAUUGGAAUUGCUACCAAGUUGCAGGAAGCUGUGAGUAGAGGUCCAUACCUCACUGGCAAGCUUCGGGAAGCACAGCCUGCAAUAAUGACAGCCGACAGAUUCUAAUUUGCUUGAAGAGGAGGAUACUUAACCUGACAAAGUUGUGUACUUAUUUUCAUACAGAACUAAAAUUAUAUACCUUUGUUUAAAGUUAUUUGGAUUGAUUUUAGAAAAUCCGAAGUCUCCCAAGAUUCUCAAAAACUAAACAGAAAUUUCUCCAAUUUAGUUGUCUUGUUUGCUAGUUUAUGAGAUGAAAGGAUGAUUUGAGAAGGCAAAUUUUGAUCAGACUUGUCAA